GUCCUGAAAGCCGAUUGUCCAGGUCCACCCCAUACUUGAGUACUCGAGCCCUUCUCUCAGACAAUCUCCGGAUAAACCUCGGCAUUCGACCAUGCUCAACUAGACUUCCAGUCAACUUACCUAAGCAGCGAAGAGAAGCUGGAGGGGUCUUCCAUUCGGAAGCUUGCGAGCCAUUCUUUUUUUCUGGGGGACAACGUCCUGUCCCGUCUUCGCGAACCCUCACUCAGCGCCCAUUCGUGUCCAGUAUCUAGCCGCGCCCGGUCUUCUAGCAAUCAAUCCGUGCAUACCGCCAAGAUGGUUGCUACCUACACUAUUUUCGGCCGCCAGGUCGGCUCUCAUUAUCUCGCGAUAGGUGUUCUCGCCAGCUUGUUCGGUGGCAGCUAUCUGGCCCUCCGAGGCGGCGGCAAGAAGGCCACCCAGACGCCCCCCAUCAACGCAUCGACCCCUGACGAGGCGGAUUUCAUCCAGAAGUUCCUGAAGGAAGCCGACGCGCAAGAGAAGAAGCCGAACCAUUAGGCGCGACUAUGACAGGGAAACCGAAUCGUCGAUCGGGGUCAUCGAUCAGCUGUAUCAUGAUAGAGGCGUUAACAAUGAGAAAAAGCGCAACUAGCUCGCGGGGAGGCAUUUAAAGCCGGCGACGGUUCUCUCGAUUUCUGACAAGUACAACGUACCUAACACUCGUUCGUCUUCGUGAUAUUAAGACUUAAAUCUCGCCAGAACCACCGUAUCUCAUCUAUGAGUUCUCCAGCCUGCUCCGCGGAUCGACAAUUCACCAAGGCAGCGUCGUUAUGGACUAAUUCUCUGCCGCCAGUGCCAUCGCAUUUAUAACCAGCUCCUGGCGCAGUUAUUGCUUCCCCUGAUAGCUUCUCAACUUAUUAGUACAUGCCUACCUACAUGCCUGCACAGAAUUGAACUAAAGCCCAAAAAUACUGCGAUAGACGUAGCCUGUGUAUGGCUGCCCUCGGUGCAGGUCAAUUCCUCCUUAAUACAGGCAGACACUAGACCCGGCUCGGGGUACGGGAAUAGUAAUAUAAUAGGAACUCAGAUGUGGAUGUGAAUAUUGCGUCGCGCUAGGCAGGAUGCGCCCUGAGAGCGGUGUCGGCUUGAAGAAUAGGGACGGCUAUCUCACCGAGAAGGCAAUACGUUAGAGUGUAAGCGCUA